AUGCUGUUAUUCUUGUUGAUCACCUCAGCAGCAGGUUCUUGUUUGUUUUAAAAAAAUAUUAAAGAGUUUAGCCCUGCCAACAUGUCCCUUGGCGGACCAAAACUGGCUGAGAUGUGGUUCUCGGUCAGUUUUCCAGAUUGAUACCAGUACUUCGAUGAUAAAUCCUGCGAAUGUGGAGAAGGUUUGGUGAAAUCUUCUCAAAAAUACAGGCUCGAGCGAUCAAGUGGUCCCUACAGGGGUCUUUCAAUUUUUGUUCAAUUUACAAUUUAUUCAGUCUUCAGAGUAAGAUGUAGAAGAAAUCUCUGCUGAAUCAUGGUAUAAUCGAAGAGUUAGUCGUCGGCGCGGGUUAAGGUCCACAAUCGUUGUUCAAUAAAGCCCGGCGUGACAGCUGGAGUUGGGAAAUAAUGUGGUCCCGUUGGUAGUACCAGCGAAUGAACUGCUUCACCAUGUUGGAACAGUACGGCCUAGGAAAGACUAGAAAAAAUUUAGGGGGUCCCUAUAGGGAUUUGGCCAUUUCAGGGCCCCCAUAGGGGCCUCAGAGCUUCGCUUGAACCCUCUAAACUUUUAUUAGGAGCAAAAUAAUCCAGAAGAAAAAACCUCCCAAACUAAUCAGAAGAAAUUUAGCAAUUCAACUUCAUUUCUUCGUCGAUCCUGCCAACACUAGACUACAACACGCCUCAAUUGGUAUGAAAAACGACAAUUUCAAAAAAAAAUAUCGAAGAAAGACGGCUUUCACGAGUUUCGGCAGCGGCGCCCCGGCCAACGGCUUCACCUCGACUUUGCAAGAAGCCUGUAUCCAAUUGAACACCCUCAACUCGAACUCGAACCUUGCUGGCCUCCAGCCGACGUCUUUGACCGAGUGAGGAAGGAUCAAACCUUAUCUUUUGACUUUUAUUGCGAGUUUCAGUUUUUUUAAAUCAGGGGUUACGGUCAUCAUGCAGUUGUUAACAGAUUACGGUAUUAGAAAUAAGAAGAGACAUCGAAAUUGAUUCAAAAUUCUUCAAACUAAAAAUCUUCAAAGAGGGAUUUUUUAACGACAUCAAAACCUACUGAUCGCGAAACAUGUUGCGGUUCAAUUUAGGGAUUCAAAUUUUGCUUCGAGAAAAGGUCCGCGAAAGUCGCUUUGGGUCGGGUGCAACAACCGUUACCGGCUCAGCCAUUCCAGUCACUUGUUAAAAGUUCAAAAAAGGGCGUGACCAGCCAAUCAGAAAAAUAUUUAGUUAUAGUGCACUUUUAAGACUAACUUUUUACGAAAUAAAAAAACUUUUAUUCUUUGCAACCUCACCUUUUUUAUGGAAGUUAGUUUUGAAACUCGAAAUGUUCACUGUGACUUUUUUUGAUAUUAUUUACUGUAGCGGCUAUUUUUUCCAACACUGUUCUGUAGCGACCUCAAAAAGUUCCCUUUAGUUAUCUUUUUCCCAACACUUCAGUUUAUUGUAGCGUCUAUGUUCAACACUAUGCAGACUACUAUAGCAACUUCUUUUCUUAAAAAUAUUCACUUUACUGUAGCUACCAUUUUCUCAAUAAAAAUCAGUUGCCUGUAUCGACUUCAUCAUACAGUUUACUUUAGGGAUCAUUUUUCCCCAACAUUGUCAAGUUUACUGUAGCUACCAUUUUUCAAUGAUAUUUAGGUUAGUGUAGCUAUUAUUUUUCCAAUAAAACUUAGUUGCCUGUAGCGACCUCAUACAGUGUACUGUAGGUAUCAUUUUUCCCAACAUUAUCAAGUUUACUGUAGUAACCAUUUUUUCCAAUACUAUUUAGUUUACUUUAGCUAUAAUUUUUUAAAAAUGAAAUUCAGUUCUCUGUAGCAAUCUCAUAUUGUUUACUGUAGCUACCAUUCUUUCCAACACUAUCCAGUUUACCGUAACUGCCAUUUUUUCAAUAUGCUCAGUUGUCUGUAGCGAUAACGACCUCAUACAGUUUACUGCAAAAAUAAUUUUUUCCAACGCUACUCAGUUUACUGUAGCGUCCUUUUUUCUCAAUCCACCUUUCAGCCUUCAAUUUCAGUGCUCUGUCCUCAUUCCGUUCAGCCUACGUGGCCUACCUAAAAUCAAUCUCAUUGAUCCUGUUCACUGGGAGCUCGUGAGUGACCUUUCAAUCAAUAUUUGAAAGAAAAUCUACAGAAAUCAGUCCGAAAUUGACUCGGCUGGAAACUACGCCAAAAACUACCUGAUUUCCACUAAAAUCGUCAUUGUCUCCACGUCAAGCUCUGAAGCUUCCUUUUCAAGCUUUCCCUCUUCGACAAUAACUUAUCGCCUUCCAAAUGGAAACUAUGGAAAUUAUCCUGGCCUGGGCCAGUGUCUUCAGCAAGCUUCAUGCGGAAAGAGGAACUUUUGUGAGUUUCUAUCUGAUAUGAGGAGUAUGAGAAAAUAGCCGCGGAAAAAGUUAUCAGUGGAGCGCAAAAGUUGUAGAUGCCACAACAUUCAAAAAAAGGGGCGUGUCCAACCAAAGAGAGACUUAGUUCUUCACAGAACACUUUCCGAAAAAAAAAACGAAAGCGAGAGUUCAACAUCGCUAGAGAUCGAGAAUUUCUGUGUUUCUCUGGCGUCUCUUCAGACAGAGACUGAUCUCUAGCUUCGUCUUCUGGUUUAUUUUGGACAGGGUGGGACAAAAAUCGAGCACCUCCUUACGCAAAACCGAAAGACCGUGACUCUCUGAAGAGACUCCAGAGAAACGAGAGAACUCUUACUUCUCUGGUGUCUCUUAAGAUGAACACUUGCCUCUAGCUUCUUCUUAUAGUUCUAUUUGGACAGGAAGGAAUGAAAAUAGAGCUUCUUCUCACGCGGAACCGAAAGACCGUGGCUCUCUGAACAGACUCCAGAGAAACAGAAUGACUCUCGCUUCUCUGGCGUCUCUCCAGAUCACCUCUGUUCUCUCGCUUCCGAUUAUUAUUGAAAUUGAAGACAUAUUCCCAAAAAUUCAUACUUGAUCAUCUCCAUUUUCCCAGGCGACAUCACCAAAGUUCCUUCUCCACCUCCACCGACGUCACCCCUUCCAACCCUGGCCCCGCCCAUUCCCGACCCUACCUGUGGCUGCGAACCCUCAAGCGCCUACUUGGAUGUCGUCUACCUGGUCGAAUCGACAGCUCUAACGACGCCAGAUGGCUUGAACUUUGUAUUUCAAGAAAAAAAAUCCAGGAAAAAUCUGAAAAUUCAGAUGCUCGACUACAUUAAGAGUUCGUUGAGAAACUUCACAGUGGCCCGGACAACUGAUGGAAUAGAUGUGAGUACUGUAGAUAGUAGAUACUGUAGAUACUGUAGAUGUAUCAUAUGAUUUUUAGCACUUUAAUAUAUAUUUCUAUUCCUCAGACAUGACUACGAGUGCUCCCUGUUUGAAAUUAAACGUGUAAAAAUGUCUUUUCUCUUUUUUUUUUUGCCAAACCGCGUCAUAAUUAUCGACUCAUUCCGAUUUUUGACGAUUUUUCGUGAAAAAAAUCCUUCUGGGAGUCCAGAUACAUAAAUUUCUACAGAACUGCCAUAUUUUUCACUUUAUUAUAAUUUGCUAUUCCUCAGGCCACACUACGAGUGCUCCCUGUUUGUUAUAAAAGUAUAAAAAUGUCCUUUCUUUUCUGCCAAACUGCGUCAUAAUUAUUGACACGUUCCGAUUUUCGCCUAUUUUGCGUGAAAAAAACCUCCUCAAAAAUGUUAGAAUUGUUCAAAAUACUUAAGUUUUUGAAAAGCUGUCCUUUUUUUCUGCUCUAUUAUGAUUUUUUUCUCUUGGACCUUCUUUACGAGUUCUUCCUUUCUAAAGUUGAAAAUAGGAAAAUUGAAACUGCGUCAUAAUUAUUGACUCAUUGCGGUUUUCGACGAUUUUUGUGUAAAAAUCCUUCUCAAAAAGUGUCGCAAUGCUACAAAAUAUUCGAAUUUCUGUAAAACUAAUACAUUUUCCACUUCUCAGGCUUCUCUACGAGUUGGAAUCAUCCAAUACGGCGACACGGUCAGGGUCUAUGCGGGUCUUGGGACGAUUUCGGGCGCUGAUAUUGAAAAUAUCGCCCAGCUUCUGCCUGGCACCGGCCUAACUCCGCAAUUUCAGAGGUCUUUUCUCCACAAAGAAAGGGACUAAAAUGGGCUUUCAGCGGGUUCAAGAAGGCCUACUCCCAGUUCAACUCAACUUCCAGGGAUUUCUUCGUUCAGAGAGUCAUCGUCGUGAUGGCUUCAUCAUUGACGUGAGAUUGAACAUUCAAAAAUCCAUUAAAAUACUGAGAAUAUGAUUACUUUCAAGUUUCCUGAAAAAACCUUUUUGGAAAUGCAAACUUGAGUGCUUCUUAAGAACGCUAGAGCGGUCCCUAUAGGGAUUUAAAGGGGGACGAAAAGUGCUCCCUAUAGGGAUUAAAUUUAAGUGGUCACUAUGUGACUCCUAUGCUCCUAAAGAUUAAGUGCCCCCUAUAGGGGUAUUCAAAUUUCCUUUUAAUAUUUGAAAAAUUGAAAAAUACGUAUUCAAUAAAAACAUGAUCGAUUAAUUCUCUGUUGCCCCUAUAGGGAACACUUUGGAUUUCCUCAAAAAAAGGGGGCGUGGCCAGCCAAUCACAAUUAUUGUUCGUUAAAGCACAAUUGAAGCCAUUGAGAAGCAAUAUUAAAAAUAAUCUCAAUUUCACCAUCAAAAAUAUUUUCUUUAUGGAAAAAAUCUCGCUCAAAAAAUUUUUUUCAGACCCCAAGAUCAAAACGCUCAAAUCGUCCAACAAUUCCUCGAAAGUGGAGGCGUUUUAAUGACUUUUAGUGGGUAGAAAAAAAUUAAAAUGAAUAAAAAAUCAUGAAAUUCAGAUUAUAUCGCCCCAGGGGGUCUUCCUUCCCCUCAACUACAACAAAUGGGAUCGAUUGGUUAUAAAUUUUCGUCGAAUGAUCCUCCGUCAACGCUUCAGGAUGCUUUUUGUGACGGUAACUUAGGAAUAUAAAGCUUGAAAAAUAUUUUAGAAUUAAAAAAACUUAAUUACCAUUAUUCUUAGAAAAAAAGGGUUGAAAAGUGCUUUUUUUAUUUAAUAAAUCACUUUUUUUUUAUCACCAAGUGCGCUCUAUCGCGAAUCGCUCUCUUUUUGCAGAAGACCUUGGAAUUUGAAAAAAAUAUAAAAAAAUAAUUUUUUUUCACUAUUCUAUCCAAAAUUACAAAAAAAUCCCUUUUUGUAAAAAAUGUCUCAUUAUUCGAAAUUCUAAAAAAAUCUGUUAUUUUUUUCCGAAAUUUUUGUUGCUAAAGCUCAAAAAUACAUUGAAGAAAUCGAUGUAAUAUUAUUUUUAAAAAAAUCGAGUAUUACUUUUUUUGUAUCCUUUUUGAAACGGGAAACUACUGCUUAACAACUUUUAUCGUUGAAGCGCACUUGGAAAUGAGAAAAAAAUACCAGUUUAUGAAUUUUUUUCAAAAUUUCUUUUUCAAUGUUCUAAGAAGAAGGUACAGUCAUGUGUUAAGAAAAAAACUAUUCUUAAACUUUUAAAAAAAUCUGCAAACAAAUUUUUUUUUAAAAAUUAAUGUACAGUUCAAAAAAAGAAAAAAAUAAAAAAACCUUCAAUUAUUUUUCCAGCCAAUUGCUAUUGUGACGCCAACUUUGCCAUCUACACUGAGGACAAAACUCGACCAAAUGUCCCUAGAAACGGUAAAGUAACAAAAAAAACUUUAAAAAAAUGUUGAUUUGAAGGCUGCUACAAAGAAUCCACAACGCAGGGCUCCGGAAACGUGGUACGAUGCAAUAACCUUCUGGAAAAUAAGGCUGGACAAUUGGCCAAAAUUUCUUCGGAACCAAAAGCCGAGUUUUUGUCUCAAUGUGGGGUUAUCUGAACUUUCAAAAAAAAAGUCAAAUAAUUGGAUGAAAAUGCGCUCCACGGAGAAAAGUGGUCAAAUUAGACGCUGGUUACAAAAAAGAUCUUUAUGGAAUAAUUUGGAUGCUUCCGAGUUCUUAAGUGAUCACUAUAUGGCCCAGAAACUUUGCGUAAGCAUUCAAAGUGCUUGGGUGGCUUUAAAAUUUUGCAAAAAACGAUUUUUUUGCGGUUUUUCUAACUUUUUCCGGGCUCAAAUUUUCAAUUUAGAAUUUUCAAGCUCAACUUUUCUUCCCUAAACUUAAAAAGCCCUUCAAAAUAAAAAAUAAAAUUAAUUUUUCAGUAUUCCACGAAGGAGAUGAAAUCCUCUUCGGGGCCAGAUAUUACGCAUUCGCGAGGCAAUUCGGUUAUGCGGAUGGAACUCAGGUUUUUCCUGUCUAAAUUAUUAUUUUUACAGGAUUUACUUAAGGUUUCUCCCAACUACAGACCUUGGGACGUCGAUCAACCGGAUCCGGAACCUGACCGAGAAUGUGUUGUUUUUGAACGGACGACUCUGAAAUGGUCCUCAACUUCGUGCCGAGAUUCUCACUAGUCGGUUUAAAAAAAUAGAAAACUUGAUUUUCAUAAAUAGAUUCAAUUUUCCUUUCCAGAAACGUAUUUAUGGAUUUUUUUAAGGUGGGAAAAAAAUUAUAACCCUUUUUUUAAAAAAACUAUUUCAGGCGUGAGUCAAGACUUCAUAAGAAAUUUAAUGAUUCUAUGCAUUUUUCAGAAAAUGAAGUUCAAAAAAAUCUUAUACUGAACUUACUAUUUUCUUUUUUUCUAUUUAAUAAUUCAAAGAAAAAAAUUGCCAAUAUACUAAAUUCCCAAAUCCUAUGAUCCUUUAACGGAAAGAAAUCUUCUAGAAAAAAAUACGCUUAAAAAAAUGAGAAAAAUUAACUUUAUAACAGUUUAGAUUUUUCAACAUGGGGAUUAAAAAAAUGUUCAAUAGAUAAAUAAUUUUUUUGCAAUUUUUGAUGCCUUCGAAAGACAAAUCGGUAUGGACCAUAUAUUGAAUGUUUGUGUACUUAUAGUUCUUUUUGAACAAAGACAGAAACAGUAAUUAUAAAAAAAGGAACUUUUUAGAAAUCCUACAAGAGCGAUUUUUUUCAACCUCAAUUUAAUUCUGAAAAAAAUUGAAUGAAAUCUAAGAUAUUCCUGGUCUAAAAAAAUACGUUUUGAGCUAUUCCCCGUGCGAUCAGAGCCUUUUAGGUCCAGAAAAAAAUGAAUUGAGGCUCAGAAAAAAAUUUCCAAUUUAAGAAAAAUGAAAGGAAAAAAACGAAACAAAUUGGAGUUUUGGAAAAUCAUUUCUGGUUUCAAAUUACGCUUUUUGCGACUGGAUCGAGAAAAAAAUGAAGUACAAUUCAAGGAACGAAAAUAUUUUUUUCAUUUACAAAAAGUUGAAAAAAAUGAAAAAAAGUUUAUUUUUUUCCAAAAAGAGAUCCACGGCUUUGAAAGAGGAGCUAAUAUUUUUUUAUUUAAAAAAAGAGAAAAAAAGGAAAAAAAUUGUUUUUUUAAAAGAGGACUCCGGCCUCAAAAACCCUUGUUUCAAUUCAAGAAUUAUGACCAAAAAAAUAGGAAACGAUUAAAAAAAGAAUUUUUUUCAGCUACGUCUGCGAGUUCGCCCCAUGCGACUCGACCAGCGUGUGUCGACAAAUUUCGAGUGCCGCCUUCACUUUGCCCGAAAAAACCCAACAGGAAUCCGAAUAA